GAAAAUACAUUUACGGCGCGCAGGGAGCCUCAGGGCCUGGAAACAAGAUCUGUCGCCUUAGCUAGGAGGGGCGCCGAGACGCGACGGGUCCAGGAAGGCCUGCGGCAGGGUGUGGGAGAUUAUGAAUUUCAGGUCCACCGGAGACGGUAGUGGGAGGCCCAGCUCCGUGCGGGGCCGCUUGCUUGUACGCCAGCGACUGAGGCGGUGGCGCGCGAGCAGCAGUUACGGAGGGAGGGUGCGCGGAGGAAAAUAACGUUGUGACGGCAACUCUGGCUGCUGGAGACCCCGCCGCAGUGAGGUCACUGGAGUGCCCGGUCUCGAGGGGUAGCUGGCGCCGACACGGGACGUCGAGAGGCCCACGGGAUAGAGGGACCCAGCUAACAUCCCGCAUUUUCCUGGGUCUCUCUCCCAGGCGGUGACGUGACGUGCUGACGGCGGGCCGGUGCCGGGGAGCUGGGCCGCUUUUUGUCAGCUCCGAGCUCGGCCCCUCCUCCCUCCCUCCGCCCGCCCCACCAACCGGAGCCCGGCCCAGUACUCCAAAGAAAGGCCUGCUUGCAGCACCCGCCACCGUCGCCGGCCGCCCGCACGCCUUUUGGGAGCUGUGACUAAUGAGAAUUAAAGGCCAUGGAUGAAGAUGAAUUUGAAUUGCAGCCACAAGAGCCAAACUCGUUUUUUGAUGGAAUAGGAGCCGAUGCUACACACAUGGAUGGUGAUCAAAUUGUUGUGGAAGUACAGGAAACGGUUUUUGUUUCUAAUAUUGUAGAUUCAGAUGUAACUGUGCAUAACUUUGUUCCUGAUGACCCAGACUCAGUUGUAAUCCAAGAUGUUAUUGAAGAUGUUGUCAUAGAAGAUGUUCAAUGCUCAGAUAUCUUAGAAGAAGCAGAUGUAUCUGAAAAUGUCAUCAUUCCUGAGCAAAUGCUGGACUCAGAUGUAACUGAAGAAGUUUCUUUAGCACAUUGCACCGUCCCAGAUGAUGUUUUAGCUUCUGACAUUACUUCAUCCUCAGUGUCUAUGCCAGAACAUGUUUUAACAAGUGAAUCCAUGCAUGUGUGUGACAUUGGACAUGUUGAACAUGUGGUACAUGAUAAUGUAGUGGAAGCAGAAAUUAUUGCUGAUCCUCUGACCAGUGACAUAGUUUCAGAAGAAGUAUUGGUAGCAGACUGUGCCCCUGAAGCAAUCAUAGAUGCCAGUGGAAUUUCAGUGGACCAGCGAGAUGAUGACAAAGGCAACUGUGAGGACUACCUAAUGAUUUCGUUGGAUGAUGCUGGCAAAAUAGAACAUGAUGGUUCCUCCGGAGUGACCAUUGAUGCAGAAUCAGAAAUGGAUCCUUGUAAAGUGGAUGGCACUUGCCCUGAAGUCAUCAAGGUAUACAUUUUUAAAGCUGACCCUGGAGAAGAUGACUUAGGUGGAACUGUAGACAUUGUGGAGAGUGAGCCUGAGAAUGAUCAUGGAGUUGAACUGCUUGAUCAGAACAGCAGUAUUCGUGUUCCCAGGGAAAAGAUGGUUUAUAUGACUGUCAUAUUGAAUCGCCACCUUUUGGCAGUCCACAGCAAGAACUUUCCUCAUAUUUGUGUGGAGUGUGGUAAAGGUUUCCGUCACCCAUCAGAACUCAAAAAGCACAUGCGAAUACAUACCGGGGAGAAGCCGUACCAAUGCCAAUACUGUGAAUAUAGGUCUGCAGACUCCUCUAACUUGAAAACACAUAUAAAAACAAAGCAUAGUAAAGACAUGCCAUUCAAGUGUGACAUUUGUCUUCUGACUUUCUCGGAUACCAAAGAAGUGCAGCAACAUACCCUUGUCCACCAAGAAAGCAAAACACACCAGUGUUUGCAUUGUGACCACAAGAGUUCAAACUCAAGUGACUUGAAACGACAUGUAAUUUCAGUUCAUACAAAAGACUAUCCUCAUAAGUGUGAGAUGUGUGACAAAGGCUUUCACAGGCCUUCAGAACUCAAGAAACACGUGGCUGUCCACAAAGGUAAAAAAAUGCACCAAUGUAGACAUUGUGACUUUAAGAUUGCAGACCCAUUUGUUCUAAGUCGCCAUAUUCUCUCAGUUCACACAAAGGAUCUUCCAUUUAGAUGUAAGAGAUGUAGAAAGGGAUUUAGGCAACAGAAUGAGCUUAAAAAGCAUAUGAAGACACACAGUGGCAGGAAAGUGUAUCAGUGUGAGUACUGUGAGUAUAGCACUACAGAUGCCUCAGGCUUUAAACGGCACGUUAUUUCUAUUCAUACAAAAGACUAUCCUCAUCGGUGUGAGUACUGCAAGAAAGGCUUCCGAAGACCUUCAGAAAAGAACCAGCACAUAAUGCGACAUCAUAAAGAAGUUGGCCUGUCCUAA